UACAAUUUCUCUCCUCUAAAACCCGGUCCAUAUUCCAGUCUAACCCACGAUCUCCUUGGCAUUCAAAGUCAAUUUCCCACUGCCUCUAUCCACUGACCAGUCAUCACGAUCAUCACAUAUUUAAAUCUAAGCCACCAGCUUUGAUUCAGCCAUUGAUGAAGCACCACAAUUCUUCUCCUUGUCAUCACCAUUCUUCUUACUUUGCCACGAGAAACUAGACCAAUAUAAGAGGAGGCGAAGGUAAAAAAUGCUGAACCCUUUGCCUUUCUUCUUACUAUUCAUCACAGCCAAGAGUUUUUCUACUGUAGCUGCUGAUGUUCAACUUGGGUCAACCCUCUCAGCUUCCGAUCCCAACUCCAAAUGGACUUCUCCAAGCCAGACCUUCACUUUUACCUUCAUUACUGAUCCCUCUGGUGCUGGUUCAGCUCAUUUUGCAGCCAUAAUUUACGAUAACAGCCCCAAUAUUCCUAUCUGGAUUGCUGGUGGUUCUGACCUCGGCGCUGCUGAUUCCACCGCCACCCUCCGCCUCCUGUCGAACGGCAAUCUGGAGCUUCGCAACGGUUCAUCCAACUCCCUUGUCUGGCAGUCGUCCACCUCUGGGCGUGGGGCUGCAUCCGCUUCUCUUGACGAUUCAGGUAAUUUUGCUCUUAGAAACUCCACCAGGUCGGAUAUUUGGUCAACUUUUGAUAAUCCGACCGACACUAUUGUUCCGUCUCAGAAUUUCACCAGAAAUCAUGUUUUGCGAAAUGGGAUUUAUUCGUUUCGCUUGAGCAAUAGUGCUGGCAACUUAGCUCUUCUGUGGAAUGAGUCCAUUUUCUAUUACAAUUCUGGGUUGAAUUCAUCUGCUACGGUCAAGUGGACUUCACCAAGUUUAACCAUUUCACCAAUUGGGAUAAUAACCCUUUCUGAUCUGCACCUUUCCGGCCCUUUAUCCUUCGCUUAUAGUAGUGAUUAUGCCGACACAACAAUUGUAUUAAGGCUUGUGAAGUUGGAUAAUGACGGUAAUUUGAGAAUUUAUAGCUUUGGGAAGGGUAGUGGGAAUAAAACUGUUACAUGGUCUGCUGUAAGUGAUCAAUGUCGAGUGUUUGGAUAUUGUGGGAAUUUGGGGAUAUGUGGUUAUAAUGAGACGGGACCGGUUUGCAGUUGUCCGUCACAGAAUUUCGAACCAGUUGAUCAGAGGGAUAGUAGGAAAGGGUGUAAGAUUAAGGUGGACCUACAGAAUUGUCAAGGAAAUGGGAUGAUGAUGCAGUUGGACCAUACUGUGUUAUUGACCUAUCCCCCUGAAUCAGUUACAGAGAAUACUCAGGUUUUCUCUACUGGUUUUCAAGCUUGUAAAUCAAAUUGUCUUGUGACAAAUCCUUGUCUUGGAUCAACUUCAUUGGCUGAUGGGACAGGGUUUUGUUAUCAGAAAACUUCAAAUUUCAUCAGCGGCUACCAGUCGCCUGCACUUCCUAGCACUUCCUUUUUCAAGAUAUGCGGUCAGCCUGAGCCUAAUCCUCCUGUUUUAUCAGCUGACAAUGUGAAAAGGGAUGGCUGGAGAUUGAAAGCGUGGAUAGUUGUGGUCGUGGUCUUGGUUACCAUUUUGGGUUUGAUCUUAGUUGAAGGUAGUACGUGGUGGUGGUGCUUUAGGGAUAGCCCGAAAUUUGGGGGAAUGUCAGCUCAGUAUGCACUUCUUGAGUAUGCCUCUGGUGCACCUGUCCAGUUCUCAUAUAAGGAGCUCCAACGGACAACAAAAGGGUUUAAAGAAAAGCUUGGUGCAGGAGGAUUUGGGGCUGUCUAUAAAGGGGUUCUUGCUAAUAGAACUGUUGCUGCAGUGAAACAGCUGGAGGGAAUUGAGCAGGGUGAAAAACAGUUCAGAAUGGAGGUUGCCACAAUAAGCAGCACCCACCAUUUGAAUUUGGUUAGAUUGAUAGGAUUUUGUUCUGAAGGGCGUCACCGACUACUGGUGUAUGAGUUUAUGAAAAAUGGUUCGCUGGAUAACUUUCUCUUCACCAGUGAAGAGCAUUCAGGAAAGAUAUUGAGUUGGGAAUCUCGUUAUAACAUUGCACUAGGGACUGCAAGGGGGAUUACAUAUCUUCAUGAAGAGUGUCGAGAUUGUAUUGUGCACUGUGAUAUAAAGCCUGAAAACAUUCUCUUGGAUGAAAAUUACAAUGCCAAAGUAUCUGAUUUUGGCCUUGCGAAACUUAUUAAUCCCAAGGACCACAGGUAUCGAACCUUGACAAGUGUAAGGGGAACAAGAGGAUAUUUGGCUCCUGAGUGGCUUGCUAAUCUUCCAAUAACUUCAAAAUCUGAUGUAUAUAGCUUUGGGAUGGUAUUAUUGGAGAUAGUAAGUGGAAAAAGGAACUUUGAAGUCUCAGCUGAGACUAACAAUAAAAAGUUUUCUUUGUGGGCUUAUGAGGAAUUUGAUAAGGGCAAUACUGAAGCAAUUUUUGAUAAACAGCUUUCUAAGAAUGAGAUAGAUAUAGAGCAAGUGAUGAGGGCAAUUCAAGUUAGCUUUUGGUGCAUCCAAGAGCAACCAUCUCAGAGGCCUGUAAUGGGUAAGGUUGUUCAGAUGCUAGAAGGCAUUACUGAUAUUGGUAAACCACCCAUUCCUAAGGGUGUCACAGAGGGAUCUGUCAGUGGGACUAGCAUAAACGCUAGUAGUAUCAGUGCCUUUUCCACAAUUGCAGCUUCAGCUCCAGCUCCCUCGUCAUCUUCGUCAGUUCAAACUCCUGGAAUUUUGUCUUCUGUUUCAGCAAGGAAUACAGAGAGAGCAUCUUCAUCACUUCUUCAGUCCGAAGCUAAGUCUGCAUUAUGAUAUGAUUCACAGUUUGCCAGCAGGGAGUAUUUUUCGGAUUCACAAAAGUCAGUCUACUGGCAGAAGAUUUGGAUGUGUUGAAGAUCUUUUGAGGUUUGAGCAGCAACACUUCAAUAAGAUAUUUUGACUGCUCGAAGUAAAAGAACAAUGGAAGAUGCUUUUGAUUGGUUGAGACUUGAGAGCGAGGUCUAUGUCAGAAAUCUCGCGAUCGUUUUUUGAUCAUCAGUCUGGCGUUUGUGGUUCCAAAAGGAGGAAACAAAACGAAGUGAUAGUUGGGUAGCAUGUCAUUUCAUUUGGACUUUAAAGUAUUUCAAAUUUUCAUUAGUUACAGAUAGUUAGAGUCAAUUGCAAAAGAAACAAUUUCCACCUUUUAUCAUAACUACUGUUGUAACUAUGCUAAACAUGUCACUAGACAACUUGUAUUGGCCGUGUAUAAUCAGACUUGUAACUACUACUUUUGA